AUGGGUCGCGACAAGGAGGAGCGGGAGUCGAAGAAGGAGAAAAAGGCGCAGAAGGCCAUGCGGGGCAACGGCCGGGCCGACGCCCUGACCGCCACGCGCCUCAGACCCAGCGACAUCCUCUACACCUACAGCAAGGUCCUCCCGUACUUUUCGGGGUGCGGCCGGACGCUUCAGCACACGCUGGACGAGAUCAAAAGCGGGCGGCUCAAGCCCGGGGACCUGCCGGCCAUGUCCGUCAUAGGCGCCGAGGUGGACCCGAGCGUGGGGAUGAGCAAGGAGGAAAAGGCCAAGGCGGACAAGGCGCGAGCCGCGGAGGAAGACGGAUGGUCCAGCGACGAGGACGACGGCAGGCGCGGAAAAGGAAAAGGAAAGCGCGGCGGUGCGAGACGCGGCGGCGGCGGUGGCGCCUCGGCCGACGGCGUCGGGCGGCACCGCGCGCCGGAGAAGGUGACGAAGUUCUUCAGCACCAACAACCGGCGGCUCUGGGUGCUGCGGGAGUGCGAGAAGCUCGGGCUGCUGGGCCCCGACGGCACGGUCGCGGUGCGCCUGCAGCGGCAGGACGUGAGCAAGCGGAUGGUUGAGAAGGGCACGCGUUCGUUUCGCAUCGAGCGGUGCACCAACGAGGUCACGCUGGUGAAGGUCGACAAGAUGCCCACGGCGCAGGAGCUCAAGGAGGAGGCCGAGCGAAACGCAAAGGAGGAAGAAGAAGAAGAAGCAGAGAACGACCGCGACACGGCGGGCGAGGGCACGAGGGGCGAGGUGGACGAGCUCCGCGACAGCCUCGGGGAGUUUCGCGUCUGA